CCGCGGAUAGAUACCGUUGUGUCUGUCUCCGUCCGGGACAGACGCUCAGAAACAGAGGAGCGACUUUCAAAGUUAGUCUCACUCAAACAAUACACCUAAAAAAAAAAAUCUACACUUUGAAAGUAUUUUAUAUUCUCGCCGACUGAUAUUUUUCCUAAACGUCCUCCAACUUUGAGAGGAAGGAGAUUUUUGGCAGGAAACUGAGGCGGACUUUGGUCAAGUCUUUACUCCCCUUCAACCUUCUUCAGUUCGGGACAUCUUUGAGCCAUGUUUGACAAGCAGCACUACGACAACCCGCCGGUCUACACUCCUAAUAAUUUCAUUGCUCCAUCCAACAACGGCUACGGCCCCCCCGGCAGCACGCAUGAACACCAGGGCGAAUACCCGCCGCAGCCCGGCUCCUACUACAUAGAAGAGAAACCGCAACACUUCUACAAAUGGCGGUCGCCUCCUGGGAUCAUCAAGAUCAUGAUGGCCACAGUGAUAGUGCUGUGUGUGACGAUAUUUGCUUGUGUGGCGUCCACUCUCAUGUGGGACAUGCAGUACGGAUAUGGCAUGGGGAUGGGCUACGGCAGCAGCUAUGGCUCGGGGUUAGGCGGUUACGGCGGCUACGGGGGCUACGGCGGCUACGGGGGCUACGGGGGCUACGGAGGCUACGGAGGCUACGGAGGCUACGGAAACUACUACGGCUCCCAAAUGUCCCCUUACACGGCCAAAACUACGAUGAUCGCCAUGGCAGCCAUUAACUUUGUAGCAGCUCUGGCUUUCUUCAUCACAAGCUUCUCUAAGUCCAGCACGUUCCGCACCAGGAAGUUCUUUCUGAUACUCAUGAUAUCCAGCAUCGUCAUGGGCAUCCUGCAGGGCAUCAUAACCAUCGUCUACAUUGUCGGGGUGAACCCCAUGGCCCAAAGCUCUUCCAACAUGAUGUACAGCCAAAUUCAAAUGAUGUGCCAGGGCCUCUACCAGAAUUCCUACUCUCAGAUGGGGGGAGGGGGAGGCCUCCCCAUCUACAACCAGUACCUGACCCAUUACUGCUUCGUGGACCCACAGGAGGGCAUCGCCAUGUUGUGUGGAUUUCUGAUCGUCAUCGCCUUGGGUGUAAUCGUUUUCUUCGCAAACAAAACAAGAGGGAAGAUCUGGCGCUACGGAAAACCGAACAUCUACUGGGAAGAGCCCCUCGUAGGUGGAAAGGCUUCGGAGGGCAGAGACGUGGAAGACUGGGUGAACAAUGUGGAGGAAAGCCGCAGCGCUCACGACACCCAUACCCUGCUGGUGUCAGAGAAGGGAGGCGGGCUGCUCAACGCCUCAGUCAACAGUGUCAUCUCCUACCCCCCAGCCAAGGUGGACAGCAGCUCCUACAACGAGGACGCCUACGACCACAACGAGUACUCGGACAGAACGACCGCCAGCCAACCGUCCAAAACGUUCUCCCACGUCGGGAGGACCAGCUCCAGCCCUUCGGAAGAAACGGGCCGCAAACCCUCGGCCAACAGGGGCAAGAGGCGCAGACGUAACCCACACUUUGAUGAGUCUCAGUAUGAAACGGAGUACACCACGGGAGGAGAGACGGGCAACGAGCUCGACGACGAAGAAUGGGAAAGGAUGUACCCGGAGAUAACUUCCGAUCCUCAGCGUCACGACUACAAGAGUGAGUUUGAUUCGGACCUGAAGGAGUACAAGCGCCUCUGUGCUGAGAUGGACAACCUCAACGAUCAGCUCAACAAACUGAGCCGGGAGCUGGACACACUGGAUGAGACUUCUUCCAAAUACCAGAUUUUAGCGGAAGAUUAUAAUCAGCUGAAGGAUCUGAAGCAGACGCCAGACUACCAGGCUAAGAAGAGAGAGUGUCGCAGGCUGAGACACAAACUGUUCCACAUCAAACGCAUGGUGAAGGAGUACGACAGGAGCCACUGAAGAACCCACUCGGCCCCGACCCCCGCGGUCACGGGCCCGACAUGCACUCCAAAAGGCUACAAGAGACGCUGUGACACGCUGAGACCAAAGUUACAGCACAGACGCAUAAACAAACACAUCGGGAACUUACUGCAAAAUCAUAACAAUGAUCAAGACUCAUCUUUCAUUCUCUGGUAAUUUACAUAUAAUCACCACUUUAUGGGAAGGAGGCGAAGAAGCGAGACCUUCAGCUGCGGCCGCUUCCAGGGCAAAACGGUGCCGUUUCUCUGAAGGUUUCAGCCUUUCAGAGUGUUUGCAGUGUGCAGCCACGUGUGCGGAUCAGAGGGUGCAGCUGAAGAAAAAAGGUUGUUUGAAAGUCAUCAGAUCUACAGUCACCUGUGAUAACACGGCUCAGAUUGCGCUGCUGCUGUUGUUUGCUCUCCGAUCCGGCAACUAUUCUUUGUGUUAUCGCCGCAGAUAAGAGUGUGGAGCAGCAGUUGUAGAGAGAGCGCGGCCACAUGUGACGCGGGCCGCGGGGAUUAUUCGCUAGCAGCAAACAUGCGGUUUCUUUAACCCCUUGGUUUGGUGUUAAUCUUCUGGUGUUUAGUUAAGAUUUCUCACUUCUUUUUUUGUAAGUUUCGGUGAAGUUAACUGCUUUUUGUCUACUCUAAGAUUUUUACACUGAUCAUCAGCACAUUUCAUGAGACCAAAAAGGGGACAAACUGACCAAUGAGAUACGUGGCAUUGUUGCACUGUAAAUACUUUUAAUGAAACAAACCAAGAACACACGUACAGUAUUCCUGUUUGAGCAGUCCUUUAGAUUCGUUAGCAUUUGUGCGGUUUUGAAUCAGUCAUGCUAUGCAAAAUUAGUAAAUUUAGUGUUUUUGUAUUAUUUUUUUUUUUUAUCAUGUACACUCCUCAACAAACUGUAAAAACGUGUCACUGUCUAUAAGCUCGGCUCAUCUUUUUUUUUUUUUUUUUUGCCAACGAAAUCUGCUAUAAUCUUGCAUUAAUCCUCUUCAUGUAUAAAGAGAUCGACUGUACAUUUUAAAACUGUUCAGACACACUGUUCACCAGUCAUGCAUUUGUGUAUUGUUUUUUUGUUUUUUUUUUUAUGAAAAACGUCGUUGUCAUUUUACAAACCACCUGCGAGCCAUUUAUUUUUGUAAGAAUUUAUUUUCUCUGAUGCCAUUAUAAAAUACCAUUUUUAUAACUGUAUACAUCCAUAAAUUAUGUCGUCUAAAAUGUAUGGAUUUAGUAAGCAAUAAACAUUUCUAAUUCUCUAAAA